AAAAAAAAAAAAAAAAAGGUUUUGAGUUAGGUUAGGUUUUGAGUUAGGUUAGGUUUUGAGUUAGGUUAGGUUUUGAGUUAGGUUAGGUUUUGAGUUAGGUUAGGUUUUGAGUUAGGUUAGGUUUUGAGUUAGGUUAGGUUUUGAGUUAGGUUAGGUUUUGAGUUAGGUUAGGUUUUGAGUUGAGGUUUUUUCGUGAGGUGUUAUUGAGCUAUUUUGGUGAAAUUCGGAACUUAGACUAAAACAAUUUUUUGCUAUCCAUCCCGGUUACUGAAACAGCUCUUACUUGACGACUUGGCGAUAUUUUUGGACUUUUCGUGUUUUUGACUUGUAGUGUUUUUUGUGCGGUUUUUGUUUUUCGUUAAAAAAUUUCUAUCUUCUUUUUGUUUCUUUUUCUGUUCUUUGUUUUAAGCUUAUAAUUUUUCAUUUCUUUUCUUCUUUCUUCUGCCGUUUUCCCUGCAGCGCUGGGACUUUUGUUUCCGGAGUUACAGGGAAAAAAAAUCUUUGUUUUGAAAUUUGGAAUCUUGUUUUUAUUUUUGGAAAAAAUUUGUAUCUUCUUUUUACUUCUACUUUCUUGUUUUUUAGCGAUAGGGUAAUUUAGGCAAGGUUAAGACCUACCUAGAGACGGUCUUUUUGCAAUUUUCUGACUCCAGGGUCAGGAGUUAUUGAGGAAUAACUAAAUUGCUAUUCUCGUUUUUAGGCGCUAUCAACUACUUUCGUUAAGUUUGUAAAUUUUCAAAAAAAGAUAGCGUCUGAACCCGAGUAACUAGUGUUCGGGCGUUUCGGGAUUCGGAUAGGGGAGGCUAAACUCCGUAUUCCUGCCCGUGUCCCGAAAUUUUUGGACAUUUGGAAGUGGGGGAAAAUAAUUUUUAUUCCCCAAAUCCGUAACUUUGUCAAGUGUGGUACGGAUCACGCUUGACCGAUUUUACGGAAAACGCUUGCGAGGUCGUUUCCUUCAUGGGUAAGGAGGGGGAAACUCCGGAUCCGGGUGGGGAUAAAGGAGGGAAAGGGAGGGUGUUGAGAAAAAGGGGGGGUAACCAGCGUUCUGAGGGAAUGGGGGCCAAUUCAGAGUCCCAAAGGGAGGUUAUUUCGGGGAUGAGCCAGGAUGGCGAUGAGACUGGUAGGGGGUACAUUGGGGGGGGGGAUGACUCCCCCACCCCUACUUUGGGAAGAUUUUGGGCGGGUGAAAAGCGGAGUGUAAGGCGCCUCUCACAGACGUCUUCUGACGAGUGGGGUAGCAUCGUGGAAUUCGAGGAUGCGAGGAGUCCCAACCGAGAAGGAUCAGGGGAGGAAAGGGGAAGAAGGGAGAAAAGGGGCAGAGAGGGCCCAGACAGUGAAGGUGAGACCCGGGUGCGCAAACUAAGCACUGCCCGCCGGGGCCGCGGUAAAGGACGCUAUACGGGGCUCAGCGCCGCCAAAGCUCAGCUUGAGGACUACGAGACAGAAACGGAGACGGAAGCUGUCUACAGUCCCAAGCCAAAACGACAGACGGGCAGGCGGUCGCGAAGCCCGAUACAUGCGGAGGAAACCCCAGAGGGGUUUGAAACCCCUGGAGGCCGCAUCAAGGCCCUUGCAGAGAACAUCAUCAAGGAUGCGGCCAGGAGCAAGAAUCUCAAGGGCGAAAUAUGGGGUAGCAUCAACUCGGCUUGCAAGGGGUUGAUUGAGCUCGCGGAUUCGAUGGAGGAGUCAGAGGUUGUCCGCUCACUGAAAGCGGACAACGAAAGAAUGCGGAAGGAGCUGGGGCAGCUCCGUCUUGAGACGAAAGCGCUGCGCAAGGCUUUCUCUGAGCGCAAACAGACGGAGCCAACGAGGGAAAGGACUGAGGUGCAUGCCCUCCUGGAGGAAUUGGGCAACCUCAUGGACGUCCGCCUGGGGAACUUUAGGAGCGAAAUGUUCAAGUCCCUGGGCAACAUGAUGAAUGCCCGCCUCGAGAGCGUGGAGGGACGGCUGCCCCCGGAGCCCAUCCGCCGACCACCGUUAGCGGCGGAUAGGAGGAGAAGGCUCCAGGAACAAGAGAUGGACCUAGACCAGACGGGACAUCAAACUGAGGUACCUAAUCCCCCAAGGCCGCAAAAUAGUACCAAAGGGGCAUCUCAAACGGCGUCAUCCCAAGCUCCAGGAGGGGCGCCCCGAGUGGCCGAAGUGCCCCAAACGCCGCAGACACCGGCUGGGCAGAUCCAAGCCACCAGGCCGGUACCUAAACCAAGAGGCAAAAAACCCCAGCCGGUAGCCCCUGCUCCCAGGGUACCUAGGAGACCGGCUCGUCCAAGUGUGCCGCCACCUGCGCCCCCUGCUCCCCAACAGGAAGGAUGGACUACGGUGGUCAAGAGGGGCAAGGCCAAGGCCCCCUCCCAGCCCCAACAGCAGCAGAAGAACCCGAAGAAGGUGGCAGCCCCUAAAUUAGUGGCCCCAACCAUGGCGGCGGUCGUCGUGACCCUUAAGUCCGACGCCCAGACGGACUAUAGGUCGGUCAUGGAAAGGGCCACUACACUUAAAUUGGCGGAGCUCGGCGUUGACCACCUCAAAGUUCGGAAGACGGCGACAGGGUCGAGAAUCAUCGAGGUCCCCGGGGCGCAGAGUAGUCAGGCGGCUGACAAUCUGGUGGAGCGGCUCCGGAGCCUAGUAGGCGAUGUGGCCGAUGUUUACCGGCCAGUAAAAAAGGCAGAAAUUAAGAUCUCCGGCUUUGACGAAUCCGUCACCCCGGAGAUCUUAAAAAGGGAGGUGGCCGCCAGAGGCAGGUGCCCAGAAGACCAGGUGACGGUCGGGGCAAUAAGAAUGGCGGCCAACGGGACUGGUUCGGUCAUCCUGCGGUGCCCACUAACAGCGGCCAAAGUGGUUGUCACUGCAGGACGUAUCGUUGUUGGAUGGUCAGCGGCCCGUGUGGAGGCCCUUGAACAGUUGCCUCUACGCUGCUACCGCUGCAUGGGGACGGGACACACGAGGCCUUUGUGCCCGUCCCCGGUUGACAGGACCAACUGGUGCUACAGGUGCAGUAGACCAGGCCACAAAAGCCAGGACUGCACCGCGCUGGCCCCCUGGUGCGUAGUGUGCCAUCAUGCCGGGUUAAAGGCGGGGCAUGUGAUGGGAGGGAACGCUUGCAACCCCCCUCCAGUCAGAGGGAAGGAGGCCCACUCUGCCGGCCCCGCAAAUGCCGCAGCGGUUGCCCCCCAGAAUGGCCCUGAUAACCGGACGGAACAGCAGCCCAUGGAAGACUAA